UCUUCUAUUGAAUUAGACUCUGCCGAUAUAUAAGGAAAGUUUGAUUUAUACGUGUCAUCAAGGAGUUUCAAACAUAAAAAAAAGGGCUACUAAAUGGCUCAUCAUUUUUUCCCUUUCUCUCUUUUUUUGUUUUUGUUUUAUUCUUCUUUUUUUUCCCUUAAAAUAAAAUAUAUGGGCUAUAUCGGGAAUCUCAUUUCGUCCCUUAAUAGUUUUUAUAAUGAAAUCAAUCCUGCAACACUUUCAGGAGCAAUUGAUAUUAUUGUUGUAGAACAAGAAAAUGGGGAUUUAGCAAGCUCACCUUUUCAUGUUCGAUUUGGUAAACUAUCGUUACUUUUGCCACAAGAGAAAAAGGUAAAUGGCUCGGACGGAUAGAUUGACAGAUGUUGGGGAGAAGUGGGGGAAGAGAGGCAACUACAUCAUCUGUCAAUGCAGAAAUUCGGAGUUAUGGAUUGAAUUUGUGGUUGGGGUGAAAGCUAAUUUUAUAUCUCCACAGGUUGAAAUCGAAGUGAAUGGAAAUGCUGUCCCUUAUUUCAUGAAAGUAGGUGAGGCGGGGGAAGCCUUUUUUGUGUUUGAAACAGAGCAUGAAGUACCUGAAGAAUAUCAGACAUCACCUAUCUUACAAGCAUUGGCAGAGAAUGGCAGUAGAGCUGAUUUCGAGGAACCUUCAUUUUUGGAUAUCAGUGAAAAAAGAGAUGACAAAGUCCCCAUAUCCACUGCUGAAAAGAAAGAAGAUUGGCUAGACGAAGACGAAGAUGACACAAAGGAACAUAUGCCAGCAGAAUUACAGUCGCCAAAAAUGAUCAUUGAGGAACAACUUGAUAAAGUGGUGACAAAGAUUGAACAGCAAAAAACCCAGACGAAAAACAAUCUAUACUCAAUGGAGGAUGGGUCACAUUUACUUGAGCGUGUUGUACCUGAAUCAAUUAUGACAACCAUUAUUGCUAAAGAGAGAUUUAUUGUGCGACCUUUGAAUGGUGACAUCCAUGGCUUGUGGAUGGAUGUGACACACACUGCACUGGAGGAUGUAGAUGAAGCAUCGGAAGAAAGGCAAGCGACAAGCGAGCCAGUGCACGAAGAUAAGGAAUCCAUUGUACUUGAUAUUUCUGGUUAUAAGACACAACGAAUCAACAAAGAUGAAAAUUCAGACGAAGGAAAGGAAGCCAAAAAACUAGUCAGUGUCAAUGCAGAUACAGAAAGUGCUCCACCUAUCAAAGAAUACAAGGCAGACAAACCAACAGUCUUAGAAGAAUACGACCUAGAAAACAUUGAUGGUGAUGUAGUUCAAAUUGAAGCGGGCAAAACAUAUCGCAUUGAAAUGAGUUUAUGUGGAUUUUCUGCUUUGGGGUACGAUCAGGACGAGAACCGCCUUUUGUUCAAUGACAAGCAAGUCAGCUACGAUACAUUUGUGCAUAAUCCUAGCAUUUUGAAUGACCCAAAACUUGUCUUUCGUUACAAUGACCAUUAUUUUGCUGCCAGUAACAACAGUCCACUGUUCACCUCUUUGCUCAUCUUUAAAAAACCAUUGGACCAUAAAGAUGCAUCUAAUCAUAAAUCAUCUGAUAGUCGAGACACAUACUCUUAUGGUCGGGGAUGGAGACAAUGGUUAAGUCGGUCUUCGUCCGCCGAAGCUGUAUCACACCAAAAGAAUGAACAGCAAGAACAACCUAUGGAUCAGCACGGGACAGGGAAAGACUAUCAAGAACAAACGACAUUUACAACGACCAUGAAGACCACUUCUGUUGGAUGGACAAAAGAGCAAGAACAAGAAAGCUCGGUCAUCUUCGCCAAACGCAAAAACUACGCCAAGACUCUCCGUUUAACCUCAGAUCAACUUAAAAACUUUAAUUUGAAGAAGGGCGUCAAUACCAUUAGUUUUUCUGUCAGCUCAGCUUAUCAGGGUAAAGCCACUUGUGUGGCUAAAGUCUUUUAUUGGGACUGUGAUACCAAAGUAGUUAUUUCUGAUAUCGAUGGUACUAUCACUAAAUCAGACGCUAUGGGACAUUUGAUGACGAUGAUCGGCAAGGAUUGGACACAUGCAGGUGUUGCACAGCUCUAUACAGACAUUGCUAAUAAUGGUUACCAUUUCCUCUAUUUGACAAGUCGUGCAAUUGGUCAAGCAGACUAUACAAGAGAUUACUUGAAGAAUAUUUUGCAAGACAACUAUCAAUUGCCUGAAGGACCAGUAAUCAUGUCCCCUGAUCGUUUGUUUACUUCUCUUCAUCGAGAAGUAAUCAUUCGAAAGCCAGAAGUGUUUAAAAUGGCUUGUUUAAAGGAUAUUCAGCGUUUGUUUGGUGAUCGUGGUACAUUUUAUGCUGGUUUUGGUAAUCGUAUUACAGACGCCAUCUCUUAUCGCAGUGUCAAUGUGCCUUCAUCUCGCAUUUUUACAAUUGAUCCUCAAGGUGAUGUCAAAAUGGGGCGCGUGGCUGGAUUCAAAUCAUCCUAUGUGCUCUUGAACGAUCUAGUAGAUCAAAUAUUUCCUCCCAUCAACAAGACUAUUAAAGAAGAAUACAGUGAUUACAAUUUCUGGAAGUCGCCUGUGCCCAAGAUUGAUAUUCCAGAACUAGAAGAAGAAGGUCCAAUUCCAACAUCUCCCAAGCCAAAGCCUAUCAAACCAGAUCCCAUCAAUAGUCUUCCUAAAGAAUCCAUUGUGGAUUAUGAGCCUGAGCCAAAACGAGGUCUGUUGCGCAGCUUUACUUCAAGAUCAUCUCAACAGAAACCUGUAAAAAAGUCUUCUAUAUCCUCCCUAUCAUCUACUAGCAAAGUACCUGCAUUCCAUAGUGCGCCUAAUCUUACUGAAACCAAGGAUCUAAGUAAAAGAUCAGUAGGAACAGAAAACAAAGAAGAUGUCUUACCUUCAGCUCGAUCUCUGCCUGACGAUAUGAUUGUCCCAGCCAUAAGCCAAAAUAAUGCUGCUAAUUCGCAUUUUCAACCUGCCAGUGCAAGUUCAGGUGGUAUUAUGAGUAAAGUAAUGGGCGGUGUAUUCUCAAGAAAACCCACGCCUGAACCAGUUACAAAAUCCAACAAGCCUAAUGAUAUAAACUAUUACAAGAAUGACGAUGAAAUAGAUGAUUUGGAUGAAUUAGACUUGGAUGACAUUCCUUUUAUUUAUGAUUAG